GUGGAUGACAAAAAAAUCCGAUCUCGAUGGGGAAAACACACACCACCGUAUUACAUGCAGCGAACGGAUACUUAUUACAUGUUCUUUUGGUCAACGACUUUCAUCGUUCCUUCUUUCAUCGUUCCUUCUUUCUCUCACACUUUUCUCUCUCACAUCUUUCUCUCUCCUCCCCCUCCCUCUCUUUCUCAGCGUUCGCUAUACGCUCAAUUGGUUUAUCCUUUUCUAAGCUGCCCUAUCGGUGACCUGGCAGUGUUUCUUCUCCUGAGAAUUAUCACUUCGCGCGCGCUGUUUUCUUUCUUUCCCCUUAUUUGAUAUUGUGAUAUUACGAUACUAAGGGAUUGUGUUGGAUACUGCAGCCUCCCCCGCUGGACUGGUGACUACCACGAUAUUCUCUUGCCUGAGCGCUCCUCAUCCUAAACCUGUCCUCUUACAUCGCUGCCCUGAUUUCGUUUCCUUCUAUU